AUGCAAGACACAUACACAUAUUAGGUAUUGUCUAAAAAUAUUGUUAGAUUCUGAGAAAAUGCAAUGGUAAAGUUAUUAUGUAAAUUGAUGAACACCUAUUAGAGAUAAUAAAUGCUCAUCUUACUAUUAAACCUCAAUAAUAAUAAACAGAAGUACCAUAUUCAAUAAAAAAAUAACACAAUUUCUAACGUAGAAUUGUACCUUUCUUUAUGAACUAAUUUAUGCACUGGGCAGAUGAAAUGGGAUAUAAACAAGUUGAUGGUUAUUUAAGAGCAAUCCAUAAAAAAAAGACUUCGAAACAAUAAAAGUUUGAGUUAGGAGACUUGAAAAAACUAUUUGGAGGAAUCAAUCCUAGAACAAAGAUCAUAUAAUUAGAAACAUAACACAAAUGGAUUGAAUUCCUAGGAACAUAAGCUGAAAUUUGUGUGCUUAUUAAUAAUAAGAUUAAAGAUUAGACCACAAAAUAGAUGUACAUCUAAGCUAUAGAACAAUUAAAGGAAUAGCUGCAUAAGGAAUAGCCUUAUGACAAAUUUUUAAGUCUAUCAAAAAAAGAUGAACUUAGAGAAGACUCUAUAAAGGAAGAAUAUUCAAGUGGUGAAGUUCGUACUGAUGAGUAUGCACCCACUUAUUAUUAAGAUCCAUAUACUUAUUUAAGUUGUGCUUACAAUAACGAAUUUUGA